GCGCCAUGGACAGCAUGCCGCCUGGCAUGGUCGCGAGCCUGCCCCCCAUGUGCUUGCCCCUGCUUGACUACACGGCCGUCAACGCCGGUCUGUCCCCGGGUGGGAGCCCCCCCGGGCUCAGCAGGCAAAGACUGUUUGUCGUCGUGUACAAGGGAGUCAAGUCGGAGGAGCUGUCCAGGAUGUUCCGGGUCUUUCCGGGCAUGGAGUACUGCGAUUUGAAGAAGGACAAGAAAACUUGCAAAUCCAAGGGCUACUGCUACGUCAACUACUCCACCCACGAGGCGGCCAAGGCCGCCAUCCAGGCCCUGAAUGGCAUCGAGUUCCCGCCCCACUCCGGCCACCGCAUGAAGGUCAUGUUCGCGGAGCCCCUGGGCGUCAAGAGCGCGUCGCCGUCCCCGGGAGCGGCCGGGCCCGCGGGCCCGGCGUACCAGGGGACGCCCCGGCCGGGAUGCGGCGGGGCGUUGGGGCCCGCGGGCGCCGGGCUGCCGGGCCAGGGCGACCUGCCCACGAGGGCCUGCGAGGGCGGCGAGAGGGGCGCAGGAAGCGGCGCCGCGCCCUGCCUGGACGGCGAGCCGGCCCACGAGACCAAAGUGUUCACCAUGCUCACCCGGCACCUCCCGGACUACGCCAUCCGCCACGUCUUCGCCAAGUGCGGCACCGUCGAGUACGUGCGGCUCCAAAAGGACGGGCGCUUCGGCGUGGUAAAGUUCGCCACACCGGAGGCUGCCACGGCUGCGGUGCAGAUGCUCAACGGGACUGACAUUUGUGGGGAGGCCCUUACGGUCUCGGCGAGCCCCAUUGUCCCCCAGGCCCUCCCGGAUCAACCCCCUGGCGUUACCACAGCAUGA